AUGGUUUCCGGGCUCCUACGACCCUCCAUCGUCUUCCCGGCCGCCACUCUGCUGCGCCUCGGCCUCUUCGUCUACGGUCUCUGGCAGGACGCACACUCGCACCUCAAGUACACCGACAUCGACUACUAUGUCUUCACCGACGCCGCGCAGUGCGUCGCCAUGGGCCACUCGCCCUACGAUCGCGCCACCUACCGCUACACUCCGCUCCUCGCCUGGAUCCUGUGGCCGACAACGCUCGCGCCCGCCAGCUUCUCCCUCGGCAAGCUGCUCUUCGCCGCCGGCGAUAUCGUCGCUGGCUGGCUCAUCUUCCGCAUUCUCUAUCGCCAUCACCACCUCGCGCCGCGUCCGGCCCUCGCCGUCGCAAGUCUCUGGCUCCUCAACCCCAUGGUCGCCAUCAUCAGCACGCGCGGUAGCGCCGAGGGCCUAGUGUGUGCUCUCGUCAUCGCCUUGCUAUGGGCCGUACUCCAGCGAAGGAUCGUGCUUGCCGCCUGCCUCCUCGCCCUCGCCGUACACCUCAAGCUCUAUCCUCUCAUCUAUGCUCCAUCAAUCGUCUGGUCCCUGCACACCAACACUCUGUCGGGCCCCAAGCCGUCGUGGCCCCGUCGCAUCCGCAACUUCUGUAACCCGGCCCGCCUCACCCUGGCUAUCGUGGCCACGACUGUAUUCUUCGCCCUCAAUCUUCUCAUGUAUUACAUUUACGGCCAGCCCUUUCUCAAACACACCUAUCUUCAUCACGUGACCCGCAUCGAUCACCGUCACAACUUCUCGCCUUACAAUAUUGUGUUAUAUCUCUCCUCUGCUACGCCCACGCCCUCGCAUCUGCGUCUGGAGUCCCUCUCAUUUCUACCUCAAAUCUUUCUUUCCCUCGUUGCCAUCCCCUUUACCCUGGCCAAGAGAGACCUGGCAUCCACAAUGUUUGCCCAAUCCUUUGCCUUUGUCUCCUUCAACAAAGUUUGCACGAGCCAGUACUUUCUCUGGUACAUCGUUCUACUUCCUUUCUAUCUCCCCAACUCCUCCUUCCUUAACCGUAAACGUUUAGGCGCCCUCACGGCAAUUCUGUGGGCAUCAACUCAGGCAGCUUGGUUGCAUCAAGCUUACAAACUUGAGUUUUUCGGCGUGAGCACUUUUGUGCCUGGCCUCUGGCUUGCAAGUUUAUCAUUUUUUAUGGUGAAUUCUUGCAUCUUAGGGAUCAUAGUUUUGGACGUCGGAACGAAGUCACACGUAUAA